UUUUUCUUGCAUAUCAACCCACUAGCUAAGUCUUUCUACGAGUCCCCAAAUGGCCACUAUUAUUUGUCCCUCAUUGAGAAAUUCAGUGGCAUCUCUUUGCUUUUGUAUCCUUUUAUAUUCUGUGUCGGUCGGGGCUCGACCUGCCACUUUUCUUGAGGAUUUUAGGAUCACAUGGGCUGAUUCCCAUAUCAGGCAACUCGAUGGAGGGAGGGCUAUCCAACUUGUGCUUGACCAAAGUUCUGGAUGUGGGUUUGCUUCAAAGAGGCAGUACUUAUUUGGUCGUGUAAGCAUGAAGAUCAAGCUUGUCCCUGGAGACUCAGCAGGAACUGUUACUGCUUUCUAUAUGAACUCGGACACAGACACAGUACGAGACGAGCUGGAUUUUGAGUUUCUGGGAAACAGAACAGGCCAACCGUACACUGUCCAAACUAACAUCUACGCUCAUGGUAAAGGAAACAGAGAACAAAGGGUCAACCUCUGGUUUGACCCUGCUGCAGAUUUCCACACUUACACAAUUCUCUGGAACCACCGCCAAAUUGUGUUCUAUGUGGAUGAAGUGCCAAUAAGGGUGUACAAGAACAAUGAAGCAAAAGGAAUUCCAUAUCCAACAAGGCAACCAAUGGGAGUUUACUCAACUCUGUGGGAAGCAGAUGACUGGGCAACAAGAGGAGGUUUAGAGAAGAUUAAUUGGAGCAAAGCACCGUUCUUGGCUUAUUACAAGGACUUUGACAUUGAAGGUUGUCCGGUACCAGGACCGGCAAGCUGUGCAUCUAGUACCGGUAACUGGUGGGAAGGAACGACCUACCAAGCACUGAAUGCAAUUGAAUAUAGGAGAUACAAGUGGGUUCGUAUCAACCACAUGAUCUAUGAUUACUGUACCGAUAAAUCACGGUACCCUGUGACCCCACCGGAGUGUGUUGCCGGCUUCUAAAUUCUAAAUACACACAACCAACCAAACCAGUCACCCCCCCAAGUGGUACAUACACCAUUCAUGUCAUAUAAUUUCAUAACUUUAAAAAAAAAAACCAAAAAAAAAAAAACAAUUCUACGUACGGACAUGCUUGCCCUCGUACGUACACCAUGCAAUAUGUAUGCGUGUGUGUGUGUGUGUAUAUAUAUUGCUAAUGGGUAUGGUGAGGAAUGCUUGUCCUUUGUGUGUAGAUGUGGAUGAAGCAUUUUAAGUUUGAUUUUGCAAGUAAGCAAAAGAAAAAGCAAAGUUCUAUUUGUCAACUUGUAAUCGUGUUCGUAUACCUGUUUGUAUCCUCCUAUCUUUCAUUGUUUGUUUCAAUAAAAUUUCUACAUCAUUGUCACAAUGAUACUUUUUACCCCUUCUA